AAACUAAAGAUCCAUAUGAUGUGACUCUUUACCUGGUGAAUACUAUGAUGCGUAGUGGGGCGGAGCGUCCGCACAGGUAGGCGGUUGUAGAGCCAGGUGAGCGGCGGUAGAGGAAGACAAGGACCCGACAAAAGCAGAGUGUCAAAAAAAACUGUCAGAAAUGACAUUAACGCAACUUUUACACUAAUAUGGUAUAAGAGGACGAAAAAUCCACCAUGGGACAUUCAGGAAUAUGCUGCUCCAGCCUCAAAGACAACAAAGCCCUGAUGAAGAUCGGCCUCGGGCUGGUGCUGGUGGGCCAUGUCAACUUUCUUCUCGGAGCACUGGUGCAUGGUGCCGUGCUCAGACACAUCAACGUGCACACAACGGCUCGCAUCAUGGUGUACGCAAUCUCUAAUGUCCUUGCCAUUGUGGCAGGCUUGGUGGGAAUUAUUGGUGGAAUAAUGGCCAUUGUCCUGUCCAAAAACAAGAAAAGCAGGAUCCUGAAGUGGGUCCUGUUGGUCAUCAGCUUCCUGGCAGGUCUCUUGGCAGUUGCCACCACCUUGGGCUUGUCCGUUUCCAUGGUGACAGCCAUUGUGCAUAAAGGCUGGAGCCUACUAACACACUGCAAGUUUUCCGAUGCUGAUGUCGGUUCUUCCAGAAUCACAUACGAAUGCCCCUUUGACCCCACCCGAAUCUAUGGGACCACAAUCAUUCUGUGGGUUCCGCUCAUCUUCAUGUCUGUGGUGGAAAUGGUGUUUUCCUUCCGCUGCUUUGCUGCCUGUACCUCGUUCCUCUACCUCUGCCCGUGCAGGAAGAGGCCGAUCCGGGCAAGGAGGGUGCGUAUCCAGAGAGCUGUUGAAAUCCAAAGAUCACCUCCACCACAAGACCCAGAGACUGACGUCGAAGCCGAGGCUGUAGAGCAGGAUGAACUGCUGGACUGCGACACUGCAGCGGAGCGGCAGAGUGAAUGGCUCUGAAGCAGCUAAACCUAAUGAGAUAGGUUGCAAACCGCCGGGCUCGAGCAGAAAACGCAGCGUCAUCUGUGAAGCUGUUGCACUGAGUGUGUCUGUUACACUGUGAAUGUCUAAUGAAGACAUUUGUGGGACUCUAGCCAGCAACAGCAUUUUAUUUCCCUUUAUAUCAAAAGGAUUGUUAUUUUCCUGAUUAAAAUACUGCUAUUGGUUUGACUUGAAAUGA